AUGUUUUCGCUGAUAAACUUCUCCAAGUAUCUCACUGUAGGGGUUUUCAUGGCUUCUCAGAGUAAAGCCAUGAAUCCCCUUGAGAUCAAAGGAUACAAAUUCUUCGAUCACCUUUCAGGUGAAGAAGUUGUCAUUAAAGGUAUCGACUACUACCCGAGGCCCAACGACGGACUGCUGAACUUCAACUCUUUAGACUACUACUCAGAGGAGCAUAGAGAGCUAUGGGAGCGUGAUAUCGCAUAUUUUGAAGAACUGGGCGUCAAUGCAGUCCGCCUCUAUGCGGUCGAUCCGAAAAAAAGCCACGACUCAUUCAUGUGUGCUCUUCAAGAGGCGAACAUUUAUGUGAUUGUGGCCCUGGCCAGGGAUUGUCCCACUUGUGCCAUAACACGUGAUCAAGCGCCACAUUGUUAUCCUAAGGAACUGAAAGAGCAAGGACAAGCUGUCAUAGCCGCCUUUGCAAAAUACUCAAAUACACUUGCGUUUUCAGCAGGAAACGAAGUCAACCAUUUUGCACCUCCUGGCAUGCCACAGUGGAAUGGUGUAUGUCAAAAGAAAUUCUUGAGAGACAUGCGGAAAUAUAUUGCGUCAUGUCCAAGCCUGAGAAAGGUUCCUGUUGGGCUAAUUAUUGCAGACACAGACCGGGCCCAAAAUGUACUCUAUUAUAAUUGUGAGAGUGAUCCCAAGGACAAGUAUGAAAACGCUGAAUGGCUGGGCUUGAAUUCUUACGUCAUGUGCGAUGGAACAGCCAAAAGAUACGAUGAAGCCUUGGGGUUGAAAGCCUUGCAGAAAUCGUUUGAAAGCUACAACUACUCAAUACCAGUCUUGAUGACGGAGUUUGGUUGCUUGUCCGAUUCCUUCCCUGAAAAAGAAGGUUACCAAGGACAGCGGACUUUUAUGCAAGCCAAAUGGCUAUUAAAUCAACCGGAGCUCCUUUCAUUGUUUGCUGGCGCCUUUGGCUUUGAAUACUCAAUAGAGAAGGCAAAUACUGGACAGGAAUCCCCUUAUCCGUUCAAAUGCUUCGGAGAACAGAAUUAUGGGAUUGGAUUCUUUGAACCAGAGAAUUGCAAUGAUAUUGACAUUCCUUGCGAGUACCACCCGCUACCAUCCUUUGAGUUUUUGAAAGAGGCGUACAAUCAGUCCAAUGGAGCUCCCUUGACGACGGUCAAAACUUUUUCCGUUCCACCUGAACGCAUAGGUCGAAGCCAAUGUCCCGAGGCUUUCAAGCCCCUUUCUUCCUUCAAAUGGGAAGCUGAUUCGGCGCCCUCCUCAUGGUGUCCAACAAAAGAAGACACCAAUUUUGUUUGUACAGCUCACGUUGCGUCGAGCGGCGGCUGCGGGUUCUUUGACAAACUCCUUCGAAUCACUUUCUGGGGUCUCAUUCUUGCUAGUGCUUUCUUUCUCACACGUAAAAAGCCGUCUGAUAGCGAUAAGAAAUGGGCAGAAAAAGAUGAUACUUUCUCAGAAGGGUCUUCCAACUUUUCCGCUAGUCUUUUGAACCUCACUGGGAUUGGCAAAAAAUACUUUAACUAUCAAGCGAUUGAAUCUGAUUCGUCGUCGGAUGAGUUGGGCAUCUGA